UUAGAUAAGUCAUUUAGUUUACGGUCAACAGUCGUACUCUGCAGUGUAUAGUCUUCGUCAAGCAGAGAAAAAAUAAUUAAAUUUCUUUAUCUUAGUGUCAUCAUUGUUAUCGUUGAUAUUAAAUAAAUAAAAUUUCCGAAUUUCACGAGAAUAAUCCAAACACACAAAAGAAAAAUGAAAUCGUUUGUGCCAGUAGAUUCAACAAGUGAUUUUUCCAUCCAUAACUUACCGUAUGGAGUAUUUUCCGAUGGUUCUUCCGAUCGACGCAGAAUCGGUGUGGCAAUUGGUGAUUACAUCUUAGAUUUAUCAGCUGUUGCUCAUUUGUAUCCGAGUGAAGUGCAAGAAACUUUAAAAGCAGAUGUUCUAAAUCCAUUGAUGGGAAGCAGCCGCAUUGUAUGGCAAGCCGUUCGUUGUACGACACAACAUUUGUUGUUCGAGGGUUCUAUUUUGGACAAAAAUGACGAUUUAAAGAAAAUUGCUUUGAUUCCGCAAAGUUCGGCAAAAAUGCAUUUGCCAGCUAACAUAGGUGAUUACACGGACUUUUAUUCAUCGAUCCAUCAUGCAACAAACGUCGGUGUGAUGUUCCGUGGAAAGGACAAUGCAUUAAUGCCGAACUGGAAACAUCUUCCCGUUGGUUAUCAUGGUCGAUCAAGUUCGGUUGUUGUAUCUGGAACACCUAUAACACGCCCUCUCGGUCAAACGCAACCGGUAGAUGGCGCUGAUCCCGUUUUCGGACCGUGUCGUUUAUUCGAUUUUGAAUUGGAAAUGGCAUUUUUCAUUGGCGGACCACCAACACAUUUGGGCGAACGAAUUACCGCUGAAAAUGCAUUCGAUCGAAUUUUCGGCUUUUCAAUUAUGAAUGAUUGGAGCGCAAGGGACAUUCAGAAGUGGGAAUAUAUUCCGUUGGGACCAUUUACAGCGAAAAAUUUGGGUACAACGAUUUCACCAUGGGUUGUGCCGGUUGAUGCGUUGGAACCGUUCUUGGUGGAUAAUUUUCCACAAGAUCCUACUCCAUUCCCUUACUUACGUCAUAAAAGAAACUUUAACUUUGAUAUCAACUUGGAAGUAGCCAUCAAACCUGCGAACGAUACCGAAACAACAAUUUGUAAAAGCAAUUACAAGUAUUUGUAUUGGACCCCAUUGCAACAACUAGCGCAUCAUACGGUCACUGGUUGCAAUAUUAGACCAGGAGAUUUAAUGGCAUCAGGAACGAUUUCCGGCGAAACUCCCGAUUCCUUCGGUUCGAUGUUAGAGCUAAGCUGGAAAGGAACGAAAACAGUUGAACUGAAUGGUGGUCAAACCAGAAAAUUCAUUCAAGAUGGAGACGAAGUGAUUAUUCGGGGCUAUUGUCAGAAGAACGAUGUGAGAGUCGGAUUUGGUGAAUGCUCUGGCGUUGUGUUGCCAGCUGUUCCGUUUAGUGAAUAGUUAUGGUCACUUUUUUUUACGCAUUUAUGUCUGUGCGUUCCGAAUAAAAACGUUAAUCGAUUCAA